AUGAGCUGCACCCUCCUCUCCAGGAACGCGCUAACGAACCCCUUCUUCCUGGACACGGCCACAAGAUCGUCGUCCGUCAGCCUAGCGGCGAAGCCGGACAGCACGGCCGUGUACGAGUGGCGAACGCGCCGCGGGCGGUGGCCGCCUGUGUGUACAGGUGCCGACGCCCGGAGCAACAAGGUGACAGUCGCCGUCACCGGAAAGCUCCGCGCUGACGCUCUCACCAAGAAGCUGCGCAGGUCCGGCAAGCACGUCGAGCAGUGGCCCGAGGAGCGAAAGCAGCCAGAGCACAUGAGAGACCAAGGAGGCAAGGACCAAACCAACGAGCCGGGGGACAAUCCUACUGCGCCCACCGAGAAGCCGGCCUCCGGUCACCACGACGCAAACGACGGAGAGCCGAGCAGCCCGAAGCCGUCGUCCCAUGAACCCAAGAAGAUCGGCAGCGAGACCGCCAAGCCGGGCCAAGAAAGGACGGAGAGCACCGACGACAAUGUCAAUACUGGCGGCGCCAAGGAGGCCGCUGCGGAGCAGUCGCCAAAGAGGAAACGGAAGCAGCAGGAUGAGGAGAGGCCACAGCCGUCGCAUGUCAGCUACAGCGUGGCGCGCCCGAGCGCGAGAGCGGCAUCCUCGUACUCGCAGCCGUCCCCUUACAGCUACUACUACGGCCACGGGACGGCACAAUGGAGCGCGGCUUCGCCGGCGCAGGACUCCUACUGUGAUCUAUUCAGCGACGAUAACGCUAAUUUUUGCAGUGUCAUGUGAAGCAGAGUCCCGCUUCUGAAGUUAGUUUCCUAGUUUGGAGUUGCUUAACGUAUUCGGGCCUAGUUCGGAAUGCCGUAUUUUUUUCUCAACCCCUACGUGUAUCGAACUGUUUCCUAUGAAACUCGUGUCAAAUUCCUACGAAAUUAAAGCGUUCCAUUCAUU